UCAGAAGAAGAAAAGUUAGAGUUGCGCAACUUGGCCAACAUGGCUGCUUCCUUGAGGCUGUUGGUCCGUCGGCUGGCUCGCCUUUCUCACAGAAGUAUUACCUCUGCUGCUGCCAAUGUUUCAUGGCGCUCAGGCUGCUGUUUGUGUCCGUCUUCCUCCCGCUGCCUCAGUGAUGCUGCAGAGGACAGAAGCACACACUUCGGUUUUGAGACGGUGUCCGAGGCAGAAAAGGCAAAGAGAGUGUACAAGGUGUUUGAGAAUGUGGCGCAGAAAUAUGACAUCAUGAAUGAUGCCAUGAGCCUUGGCGUUCAUCGGCUGUGGAAGGAUAUGCUGCUGCACGCCAUGCACCCUCAGCCUGGCGCUCGCCUUCUUGAUGUGGCCGGUGGAACAGGCGACAUUUCUUUUCGUUUUCUGGACUACGUUUAUUAUCAGCAAGAGAGACAGAAGCGGCGAGCCACAGGGUCCAGCCAGAGCCUGUCAUGGCAGGACAUUUCUGACAAGUACCCCGAUGAGGAUAGACCUCAGGAGUCCAGGGCUGUUGUUUGUGACAUCAACAAGGAGAUGCUGAAAGUGGGCAAACAGAGAGCUGAAAGCAUGGGCAUCAUAUCAGGUGUGUCAUGGGUGGUGGGAGAUGCAGAGGAGCUGCCCUUUGAUGAUGACCAGUUUGAUAUUUACACCAUCGCCUUUGGCAUUCGAAACGUCACUCAUAUCAAUCAGGCCCUUCAAGAGGCUUUUCGUGUCCUGAAGCCUGGUGGCAGAUUCAUGUGCUUAGAGUUCAGCAAAGUGACCAACCCUAUUCUUGCUAGCCUUUACGAUGCGUACAGUUUCCAGGUGAUCCCAGUUUUAGGAGAGGUGAUUGCUGGAGACUGGAAGUCAUAUCAGUAUUUGGUGGAGAGCAUCCGCAAGUUUCCUGAUCAGGAGGAGUUCAAAGGCAUGAUCGAGGACGCAGGUUUCUGCUGUGUGCAGUACUUCAACUUCACAGGUGGAGUGGUAGCUCUUCACUCAGGUUUCAAGCUGUGAGCUGCACUCUGAAUGCCUCCUGUAGGAGGACAGAAAACAGUGUGUGUGUGUGUGUGUGUGUGUCACGGACUGAUUUCAGACACAAAGCCUCAGAGCAGGUCUCAGCUGAUGGCACUGCAUAAUGACAGUAAGGCAGACAUCAGUGGACGUUAUUUAUUGAAUUAUCUGGAAGGUGAUCUUUAUAUGUUUACACUUAUAGUUGUACAAAUAACUCCACACUAAAAUAGUUUUUAUUGCCUCUGCUGCAAAUAUGUUUUCGGUAACAAUUUCAUUUGAAUAAAUGAUAAAACCUUAAAUAACUCAUCUUAGUAUUUGAAUACGUCAUUCGUAAAUAAUAGUUUGCGUACUUUGUUCCAAUCUGGACAUGGUCUGGUAUAACUUUGGAAGGAGAAAGUAUGAUAGAAAAAGGUGCUCGAAUAAUAGCUUAGAGAGGAUCUGGAAGCAAAGCCCAUACAGUAUCAAGAUCCACCACACACAGAUGUAUCCAGGUCUGAAACAUUCCUCGUUUUAAGCCAUUCAUGACCCAGAGACAUCAGGAUUGUCUUACUUGAGCUAAAGAGAAAGGGGACUGGAUUGUUGCUCAGUCUUUUAAAGUCCUCUUUUCAGAUGAAAGUGCAUUUCAUUUGGAAAUCUGGAAAAGGAAUGGCAAGCGACAGUCCAUCUGCUGGGGUUGGUCUACCGUGCUUUAUUAAGUCCAAAAUCAGCGCGGAAAAUUUUCAGCACUUCAGGCCGCUCUCUAAUGACAACCUUGAUGAAGACGCCGAUUUAAUUUUUCAGCUGCAUCUUGUAUCUGUGUACUGUCAAGAGGAAGACAGGACACCAGAACCAAUUAUGCAGACAAGCUAAAGGCAACAGGGCCACUAUUAAAGUAACCUGGGCCUGUGGCUCACCAGCAGAGCCACAGGCUGAUCUCCAUGCCACACUGCACUUUUGGAGCAGUUCAUGAAAAAGCUACCCCUACUGAGCAUUGAGUGCAUAUCCUGUGCAGUACCGGGACAUACUUUUCAAUGGGCCAACGUUUCUUUGACCUCUUGCUGUGAUCUAAUUUUCAGAGAAACUACAUUUGGGGUUUUAAUGAGCUGUAAGCAAUAAUCAUAACUAGUGUAAAAUAAAUGCUUGAAAUAUAUAACUAAUGAAUUUAUACACGUUUCACUUUUAGAACUGAAUAAAAUUCAAUCUAUUUUUUGGGGUGUA